AUGGAGCUUCAUAUGCUCAACUUCUGUGCAUUUCGGUCUACCUACCUUCAUGCCAUGACCACCCUUUUCCUUCUCACCAACCUUUUUCAACCUACCAUCUUUGCAAAUGCAUUGAGCAAUGAAACUGAUCGCUUGGCUUUGCUGAAAUUCAAAGAUUGCAUAGCCUCUGAUCCACAUGGGCUGUUGAACUCAUGGAAUGACUCCGUUCAUCACUGCAAAUGGCCUGGAAUUACUUGUGGCAGACGGCAUCAAAGAGUAACAGCCUUGAACACACGAAACGCUGUUUUGCACGGAACCAUAUCUCCUUACAUUGGCAACCUCUCCUUUCUUAGGUUCAUCACCCUUCGAAACAACAGCUUCUCUGGCAAGAUUCCGCAACAAGUUGAACAUUUAUUCCGACUCCGACAUCUCAAUCUCAGUCACAACAUGUUGGAGGGGGGAAUUCCAGUCAACCUGACCUUGUGUGCGGAACUGAGCAUCUUAAGUAUUGGAGAAAACCGCCUUACCGGAAAAAUUCCUUCAGAGAUUGGCUCAUUGAUGAAGCUUGUGUUUCUCAAUCUAGAGAUAAACAAUCUGACGGGAUCCAUCCCACCUUCCCUGGGGAAUCUUUCAUCACUUACUAUAGUUUCCUUGGCAAUGAACAAUUUGGUGGGCACCGUUCCAGAGGUGCUAGGCCGAUUGAGAAGCUUAUCAAUCUUUGCAAUUGGUAUCAAUACUCUAUCUGGUAUGAUCCCUCCCUCCCUUUUUAACAUAUCAUCUAUAAAUAUCGUCUCAAUUGAGGAUAAUAAGUUUAAGGGCAGUAUUCCACCUGGCAUAGGCCUAAACAUGCCUAAUCUCCAAAUAAUGUUCCUCGCCGGAAAUGAAUUCUCUGGACAAAUUCCAGCUUCACUUUCCAAUGCUUCUCAGCUUCUUGGGCUUGAUUUUGCGGGAAAUAAUUUUGUUGGCCAACUUCCUGCUAGUUUUGGAAAUUUUCCUAAUCUCCAGGUGCUCAACUUCGAGUUCAAUAAUCUAGGAACUAAUUCAUCAAAUGAUUUGGGAUUUAUAACAUUCUUGACAAAUUACAGCAAACUGGAGGUGUUUUCUCUGAACACUAACAACUUUGGAGGUGUUUUACCCAACUCUGUAGCCAAUUUCUCAACCCAACUGACUCAACUCUAUCUUGGGGACAAUCAAAUAGCGGGAACGAUUCCUGAAACAUUAGGAAAUCUUAACAAUUUAAUACACUUGAGCCUGGACGUAAACUUGUUCACAGGUAUCAUACCAGCUUCUUUCGGGAAGUUACAAAAACUGCAAAGAUUAUAUUUAAAUUCCAAUAGAUUAUCAGGCCGGAUCCCAUCUUCCUUAGGAAACCUCACCCAAUUGUUUGAACUCCGCUUAUCAGAAAAUGAAUUAGAAGGAAGCAUUCCUCCAAAGAUUGGUAACUGCAAAAAUCUGCACCUGAUGGAUAUAUCACACAAUAAGCUUUGUGGAGAUAUACCAUCACAGGUCAUUGGUCUGUCCUCCUUCUCUAUCUUGCUCAACUUAUCGCAAAACUCGCUAACUGGCAUUCUGCCUGUGGAAGUGGGUAAGCUGAAGAAUAUCAAUACACUGGACAUCUCUAAUAAUAAUUUGACCGGAGGAAUUCCAGAAAUUAUUGGAGGCUGUCUGAGCCUUGAAUUUCUUGACCUACAAGGGAACCACUUUCAAGGAAUCAUACCUUCUUCUUUGGCUGCUUUGAGAGGUCUUCAGUAUCUAGAUCUUUCACGAAACAACUUGUCAGGACAUAUUCCAAAAGACCUACAGAGGCUUCAAUUCUUGAUCCAUUUGAACCUUUCGUUCAAUAAUCUGGAGGGUGAGGUACCGAGAGAAAGAGUUUUUCGAAACACAAGUGCAAUAUCAUUCGAUGGAAAUGCCAAACUUUGUGGAGGUGUUUCAGAAUUGCAGCUACUAGCAUGCCCCAUCAAAGUACCAAAGCAUAGAAAGUUGCAUGGUUUCAAACUAAAGUUCACAGUUUCCUUGGUCGCUGGAUGCUCUCUUCUGUUUGCAGUGGUCUUAGCUCUUUAUUGGAGGAGAAAAACUCAAAAGACGAAACCAUUAAUAGCAGUGUCAUCAAUUAACUUCCUUCCAAAGGUUUCAUACCAGACACUUCAUCAUGCUACUGGCGGAUUCUCUCCGAGCAAUCAAAUUGGAUCAGGCGGUUUUGGCUCUGUAUACAAAGGGAUUCUUAAUCAAGAAGAAAACAACGUUGUUGCCAUCAAGGUCCUCAACCUUCAACGGAAAGGUGCUUCCAAAAGUUUUGUGGCUGAAUGCAAUGCACUGAGAAAUAUCCGGCACAGGAAUCUUGUGAAGAUCUUAACAUGUUGCUCCAGCACGGAUUACAAUGGUAAUGACUUCAAAGCUCUAGUUUUUGAGUAUAUGUCAAAUGGAAGUUUAGAGGAGUGGCUGCACAGAGAAAAUCAAUCAAGGGGUUUGAACCUUCUUCAAAGACUGAAUAUUGUUAUUGAUGUGGCUUCUGCAUUGUGUUAUCUUCAUGACUAUUGUGAACCACAAAUCAUUCACUGCGACAUGAAGCCGAGCAACAUUCUUCUUGAUGAUGACAUGGUUGCUCGUGUUGGUGAUUUUGGGUCAGCAAGACUCUUCUCAACGACCACGGACUCCUCUCAAAAUCAAAGUAGCACAGUUGGAAUAAAGGGAACCAUUGGCUAUGCUGCUCCAGAGUAUGCGAGUGGUGUUGAGCCAUCAAGACAAGGGGAUGUAUAUAGUUAUGGGGUGCUCGUGUUGCAAAUGUUCACAGGAAGAAGACCUAUCGAUGAAAUGUUUAAAGAGGGUUUGAACCUCCAUAACUUUGUCAAGAUGGCCAUACCAGGAAGAGUGAUGCAGAUUGUAGAUCCUACUCUUCUUGCCACUUUGGAAGACACAGCACCUGCAACAUCACAAAAUGUAGUGAACUACAUCAAUGGUUACAAUAAUGAAAUCGAAGCAGUUGAAGAAAACAUUGACAAUGAGAAUUUAAGCAAGAUGAACACUUAUGUGUGGAAGUGCAUACUUCCAACCCUUAAGAUUGGACUUGGAUGCUCGGAAGAAUCACCAUGGAAUAGAAUGGCUAUGGAGGAGGUCCACAGCAAGCUACACCAUAUAAAAGAUGCUUACACUGGUGUUGACAUUUGUCAAGAAAGGCCAAGAAGAAGCUGAACAAUAGUAUGGCAUGGGAAGCGAGGUGUCAAUAUUAUGUGAGUUAUACUAUUAACGAAGAUGUCUAAAGGUAGGAUGAUAGCUUGAAAGUGUGGAAGAAAUAAGCUGUAGCUACUAAUAAGUGAGUGCUUGAUUUCGAUUUCUACGUUAUGAGUUGUUUAUUGUGGUAGAUUUCUCCUAAGAUCCAAUGGAGACCAGCGAUGUUGUAUCUUAAUUAUGUGUAAUAAGUGAUGUAAUCCAAUUGAGUUGGUGAGAAUUAUCAGAGAA